AUGACAUUUUGGUGCUUGUCCCUCCUUCUUUCUCGUCGAGUAGCAGUAUUAUCUGUUUGUCGUCAAUCACCGCUCCUGCAGACUACGAGAUGGUUGUAUACGGAGCCCAGUGCCACGCUUGACGCUACUAAGAUUAAUGGAAACAAUGCGUCGCCCUCCGACACGUCUGCACCAUCUCCACGAAGAUCCAAGCGGGUCAGUGAGCGGCGGAAGCGACCGAUAACUGCUGCAACUCGUGCAGUAGCAGCAGCUAAACUACCUGGAUCAUCUUUGGCUGCCGUUAAAUUAGAAACUGUGGACAAAGACGAAGGCAAAAAGCGGCCACUGGUGGCCAACUUUAAAGACGGGAAGCCGUGGAUCACAGUCAUGGGUCUUGGCGGAGCAGGCAGCAACGCUGUUAACAACAUGAUUGCGUCGCAGCUGGAAGGUGUCGAGUUUGUUGUAGCCAACACGGACUGUCAAGCUUUGGGACGGUCAUUAGCUCCUUAUAGGAUUACUUUAGGGAAAGAUAUUACUAAAGGACUGGGAGCUGGAUCAAAGCCUGAGCUGGGAAAACGCGCGGCGGAACAGCAGAAGGCGGAGAUUGAGCAGAUACUGCAGGGCAGUAACAUGCUGUUUAUUACUGGCGGAAUGGGCGGAGGAACUUGUACAGGAGCAGCGCCUGUUGUAGCGAGUGUAGCCAGAGAGUUGAGCAUCUUGACAGUUGGUGUAGUGAGCACGCCAUUUCGCUCGGAAGGUCCAAACCGCACUCGGUUAGCAAAUGCUGGUGUGAAGGAAUUGGCCAAGUACGUUGACACGCUGAUUGUUGUGCCGAAUCAAAAUUUGCUGGCAUUGGCGGACAAAAGUACUACUAUGCUCGAUGCUUUUCGGUAUGCAGAUGAUGUGUUGUUGGAAGGUGUCAAGGGCGUGACAGACCUGAUUGUUCGUCCAGGACUCAUUAACCUGGAUUUUGCCGACAUCAAGACUAUCUUGUCGAAUGCAGGUCGUGCCAUUAUGGGCUCAGGCAUUUCUAGUGAGGAAGGCCGCGCUCGUAAAGCAGCGGAACAGGCACUAGUAAAUCCGUUGCUUGGUGACCUACCCACUGAGUCGGCACACGGUCUAUUGGUGACUAUUCGUGGUGGAGAAGACAUGACGCUUUUCGAAGUGGAUGAAAUCAUGGAAAUUAUUCGCAACCGUGUGCACGACGAAGCCAACAUUAUCUUCGGAACUUGCUAUGAUCAAUCGCUAGAUGGGUCUGUCUACGUGUCCAUUAUUGUGAGUGGCAUCCAAACUGAUAUCAUCUCGCCGCCGAUAGGAGGGUCUCGUAUUUCUUUGCAAGAGACCCACAAACGCACAGAUAGGGAAGAGCUUGGUGCUAGGGCUAAGUUUGGUGAGGAGGAAAAGCCAGUCGAGCAAAAAAAGGGGUUAUUCAGUCGCUUUUUUUCGCUCUAA